GUCGUAAGGCUUCAGGUUACCAACGACGCCACAUUCCCCCCACAGUUUUUCCCGCCACCAUGGCAGCUCUUCACCUAACUAUCGACAGUGUUGAUAACGCUUCAGCAUAUGUUGCUAGCAUGCCGGCGAAAGCCUCAAAAUCUCCCGCAUCGUGGAUCAAAUUCAUUGGCCAGACUCGGAAGCACAUAGGGCCUGGCCGCCUCGCCGGAACCACCAACUACACAGAGGCCAAUGUCGCUGCAAUUCUACGAGACUUCCUUCAACCAGAUACAAAGAUGUCUCUCGAGGCGGCUACCAAAUCUCUCCUAGUUAUGAUACCGGCCCACGCCCCAGAAUCUGCUGAGGUCCAUUCUUUCGGAGAGAUAUGCGUGGAACUAGCCGAGCAGAUUCCCUAUCAUCACCCCUCCCAGUUAAAGCUUGUCCAGCUUCUACGCUACCUUUCUCGAUCUCCCAAAUUUACCUCAAAGACUACUCUACUGCCGCAAGAGGAGCUCUGUCAUUGUUACCAGCUCUUACGUGAAUCCAUUUCCGACAAUCUAAAUUGCAUCAUUAUCCAGCACCGGACCCUGAGUCCCACUGUCUGGGUAAACUUCCACGCUUUCGUGGCAAACCUAUAUGAAACUGGCAUCUGGGGCGCCCAGCCAGGGUAUGCCAUCAUGCUAAUGCGCGAUGCAUUGGAAGAGGAGAAGUCAAAGGAGGCAUGGGAGCAGGACUGUAAUGUUAUGGCCGCCGCCCAGUGGAUCAUCUGGUACGGCCAGAGCCUUUUCAAACAGAUUCUGUACGAUCAUGAUGAGGAGGAUGCAGCGAACAAGACUGGGAGUUGGAGGCUUGGCAAACUCUUUGCUGGACCGCCAAUGGAGUCCCGAUCUGUUGGGAGAUGGCAUUUCUGGAAAGAUUGCUUUGAGGCGAUUGGGGCUGAUCCUGGCUCGAGCGAUGAGUGCAGGAAGCUUGCGUCGAAGUCGGCUGGUUUGAUGGGGUCUAUCGAGAAAAAUAUGGUGUUUUAG